GCAUAGUUGCCCCAACAACCAAAAGGGCAGGAGAGAGAGAGAGAGAGGGCGGACCAAAAUACAAAGACGAUAAGGUCUUUCUUAAACCCUUCUCUCUUCCUCAAGUGGCAGAUUUUGCAAGGAUAAUUCUUCCUAUUAACUGCAUUUCUCUAUUUAAUUGCUAUCAAUGGCAUCUCAAAUAAUUAGAGAAUGGGCCGGAAUACAGCAGUUUCCUGCUGCCACUCAAUCAAAGUUGCUUGAAUUACUGGGGAAACUGAAACAGGAGAAUGUCAGUACUUUGACGAUCCUAGUAAUGGGGAAAGGAGGUGUUGGAAAAUCGUCAACAGUGAACUCAAUUAUCGGGGAAAGGGCAGUUGCUGUUAGUGCAUUUCAGUCAGAAACUCCCAGACCGGUGAUGGUUUCGCGUUCACGAGCCGGGUUUACACUAAACAUAAUUGACACCCCAGGGCUUGUUGAAGGAGGAUAUGUCAAUGACCAGGCUCUUGAUCUCAUAAAGAAGUUCCUCUUGAACAAGACAAUUGAUGUUUUGCUUUAUGUGGAUCGUCUGGAUGCAUAUAGAGUGGAUAACUUGGACAAGCAGAUUGUGAAGGCUAUUACCGAAAGUUUUGGCAAGGAAAUAUGGCGCCGAGGAAUUGUGGUUCUCACUCAUGCUCAGCUUUCCCCCCCUGAUGGAUUGACUUAUGAAGAGUUCACGUCCCGAAGAUCAGAGGCACUUUUGAAAGUUGUCCGGAUGGGGGCUCGAAUUAGGAAACAAGAGAUUCAGGCUGCUUCAAUUCCUGUUGUCUUGGUUGAGAAUAGUGGCAGAUGUAACAAGAAUGAAAGUGACGAAAAGAUUCUUCCAAGUGGAACUGCAUGGAUACCCAAUUUAGUCCAAACUAUUACAGAUGCUGUUUUAAGUGGAAGCAAGGGUAUUUUGGUCGACCAAAAACUGAUUGAAGGUCCAAAUCCCAACAAUAGGGGCAAAGUGCUAAUUCCUUUUAUAUUAGCAUUCCAAUAUUUCUUUGUUGUGAAAAGGAUUCAGAAGUGGAUCAAGACUGAUAUUGCAAGGGAGAGCAGACCUUCAUGGGCAUAAGCAAUAAUCGGGAUGGCCCUCGUUUGUUAUUUAACUUAAUUCCCCUUUGGUUCUUUGGAGAAUUUUGGAUUUCCUUGCCAUCAGCCUAUCAGUUCUUUUUUUUUUUUGGGUAAAGUAUUUAAUAGUUGUUAGUAGCCAGAGAAACCAGCUAUGCGGCGGUAGGAUUUCAACUUUGUUCUGCUGAACUUGGCGUUGCGCCUUGUUACUGUGGUUGGAUGCUUGAUUAGUAACUGAGUUAUUUCAUUGUUGUUCUUUGCACA